AUGGAUGCGCUGGUGUUGGACGAAAGGAUAAGGAUGCACGCCUUACUUCCUAUAUUUAUAAUUGUGAUUUUAGUUUGUAUAAUAAAAAGUAAUUUGGGGCAAAUGCCACAACCUCCCUUGAAAAUGGAUAUUGAGAAAAUGAGACAAAAUAAUUUCUUGGCUCGAUUCGCGCAAUUGAAAACUAAUUCAGGAUUUAUCAGCCCAUUAGCAUUUUUAAAUAGACGAUAUUUUUAUAAUAAGCCUCAAAUUGGUUUCUUCAACGAAGUCCCUGAACAAAUCAAUCCAUUUGACUCGUUUUUAAAACAAGAUACAUCAGAUUUAUUUGGAAUGAUGAAAAACCAAAUUCCCUUUUUAAUUUUACAGUUGGGAUUAGGUUUUUUAAUAAAUAUGUUUUUUUCGGGAUAUUUAGUAGCCAAGAUACCCUUUCCCCUAACAUACAAAUUUAAAUCAACUUUACAAAUGGGGAUGGACAUUGAAUUAUUAGACAUGAAAUUUGUAUCAUCCUUGUCAUGGUAUUUUCUUGUUAUGUUCUGCUCAAGUGGCUUGAUAAGCAUUGUUGAUUAUUUUUUCCUUCAAGAUAAUGAUAGAAGCAAAAAUACUCCAAUUGACAAUUUGAUGUCUAGUCAAAACCCAUUAAAACAGCCUGUUAAUCCUGCUAAUCCAGAAGGCAUAACAAGUCUUUAUGAGAAAAAAAAGGAAGAAUUGGACACAAUGAGAUACAAAUUUUUAUUAGAAAAUAUUGAAUUUCACCUUAUAGAAAACUGGGAGUGA